AUGACGAUGAUGACGCUGAAGCUUUUUCGCGUUGAAUGAGAAUAAAUGUGUGACUUUCAUCUCUUUUAUUUCUUCAGUGAUUUCACAAGUUUUAUUUCCGGUGUUUAUUUUCGGCGGGAUAAUUGCGAGUUGUCUGUAACGCAGUAAAACUCCAGCAAACAAGUGAAAUUUGUGUGACUCUGUUGUAAAGAUGUUUAUUAAAGAGGAGAGUGAAGAUAUGGCUUAUCCAGAAGCAUGCAGAAUUAAAACCGAACACACUGACGAACAAACAGAGGAAAAUCAAGAGCCAAUUGAAGUGAAAGAAGAAAGUCAAGAACUGAUUGAAUUGAAGGAGGAACAUCAGAAUCCUCAUUACAUAACUGGAGAAACAUCUGUGAGUUCCUCACAGACUGGGAAGAAUUCCUCACGAAACAAAACUCAAGCCAAAAAUUCCUUCACAUGCCCAUACUGUGGAAACAGUUUUAAACAAAAACAAAAUCUUAACAAGCACAUGAGGAUUCACACUGGAGAGAAGCCUUUCAUGUGCCAUCACUGUGGAAAGAGUUUCACACGGAAAGGAAGUCUUACCCAGCACAUGAAAAUUCACACUGGAGAGAAACCUUUCACGUGUCUUCAGUGUGGUAAUAGAUUCACACGGAAGGAAAAUCAUAACAAGCACAUGAAAAUUCACACUGCAGAAAAGCCUUUCACAUGCUCUCAGUGUGGAAAGAGGUUUAGUCGGAAAGAUGGUCUUAACAUGCACAUUAAAGUUCACACUGGAGAGAAACCAUUCAUGUGCCUUCGGUGUGGUAAUAGUUUCAUGUCUAAAGCAUACCUUAAAGUGCACAUGAGAACUCACACUGGAGAAAAGCCAUUCACUUGCCGUCAGUGUGGAAAAAGUUUUGCAAAUGGAGGAAACCUUUAUGCGCACAUGAAAAUUCAUACUGGAGAGAAGCCUUUCACAUGCCAUCAGUGUGGAAAAAGUUUUAGUCGUAAAGAGGGUCUUAACCUGCACAUUAAAGUUCACACUGGAGAGAAGCCGUUCACAUGCCUUCAGUGUGGUAAUACUUUCAUGUCUAAAGUAUACCUUAAAGUGCACAUGAGAACUCACACUGGAGAAAAGCCAUUCACUUGCCGUCAGUGUGGAAAAUGUUUUGCAAAUGGAGGAAACUUUUAUGCGCACAUGAAAAUUCACACUGGAGAGAAGCCUUUCACAUGCCAUCAGUGUGGAGAGAGUUUUGUCAAGAGAGGAGACCUUAAUGAUCACAUGAGAAUUCACACCUGAGAGAAGCCUUAUCCUUGCUUUCAGUGUGAAAAAAGUUUAAUUAAUGAGGAAACAUUCAUGUGCACAUGAGAAAUCACACUGAAGAAAAACCUUAUACAUGCCAUCAGUGUGGAAAGAGUUUCAGUCGGUCAAGGGCCUAAAACAACAUGAGAGAUUGCCUCAUUUUAUGCCUGGAGUCAAGGGCAUGGUUUUUGUUUGAAUUUUUAGGGUCUGGGUAGUUUCAUUACAGCACAUUACACAGUGCAUAAUAAUUAUUUACAUUAGAUAAAUAUAAAUUGAUAUUCAUAGCAUACUUUGUUCUUCAAAUUCAUUAAUAGCAUACAAGUAUUUGUGUAUUGUGUAUCAUAUAAAACAUUCUUCCCUAUUACAAAGUCUAAAUUCUUACCUGUUCAUAUGAAAUGUCUGCUUUGAUACAAUCCACGCUGUGAUAGCCAGAAAAGAACAACUAACCAUUUCUUUGAACACCUUUAACUCUUCCAUUGAAUACAUGACUUGUAUUACACAUGCUAUAGAUAAUUUAAAGAUUUUACCCUUUCAAAGCUCCCGCAGUGAAUGAUAAAGUCUUUGAAUGAUUAGGGCAUAUGGAUGAUCACUUCUGAAUGGAACACACUUUCAUUAAAAAUAACAACGGGAGGCACUUAAUUCAUAGAGACUUUAACACAAUUACUAAGCUCCACAAGUUAUUUACUUCUACAUUAAGUAAUUUAGCAGAUGCUUUUAUCCAGAAGGAAAAGACAAUACAAGUAUUUUAUGAUAAAAAAAAAAAAUUCUUAUGGCAUUAAACAGUUUCUUGCGUAGAUGCACAGUAACAACAACAUUUAUGGAAAAGUCACUUCAGGGAAUUGUUUUAUGUUCAUUGAGAAAAUAUGUCUCAUUUAAAGGAUCCGGUACCGGAAGUGCUUCAGGAUCAGUAGCGUUCGAAUACCUUUGUUAUUGUUUACAUAUAGCUAAAUGGUAGUAGAAUAUUUACACGGCUCCUUUAAGGUAUUAAGGCAUAAUUUUCUGUAAAAUUAUUUGUGAAACAUGUAUUGGGAAUGGUACUACCAAAAAAUAAAUUGACUUGAUCUCGGAAUUUUCAGUAGUUUUUGUUUGUUUUAUUUCUUGAAUGACAUAUUUACAUGAUAAACUGUUCCUCCUCUUCACACUGGCCUACCCUGUGGUAUACCACUGUUGACUUUAGGAUGUUCACAUCGAAAGCUUCACCUGAACUCAAAACAUUCAGAAAUCAACAACAGUAUCUAAACAAGAACAGCAUCCCAAACGUGAAGCAUGGGGGAGCAGCAUCAUGUUGUGGGUGUGCUUUGCUGCAGGAGGGUCUGGUGCACUUCACAAAAGAAAUGGCAUCAUGAGGAAAACAAUUAUGUGGACAUAUUGAAGCAAAAUCUCAAGACAUCAGCCAGGAAGUUAAAGCUCUGUCACAAAUGGGUCUUCCAAGUGGACAGUGACCCCAAGCAUACCUCCAGUGUUGUGGCAAAAUGGCUUAAGGACAACAAAGUCAAGGUAGUGGAGUGGCCAUCACAAAGCCAUGACCUCAAUCUGAUUGGUAUCAAUCUGAAAAUUUGUGGGCAGAACUGAAAACGCAUGUGUGAGUAAUGAGGCCAACAAACCUGACUCAGUUACACCAGUUCUGUCUGGAGGAAUGGCCAAAAUUCCAGCAACUUAUUGUGAGAAGUUUGUAGAAGGAUACCCAGAAUGUUUCACAAGCACUGGGAAUGUGAUGAAAGAAA